AUGCAUGGUUCGCGCAUACACGAACAUAAGCUGGCUGUCAGACGGGGUGACAUCUUGACACACGUGGCUGCCCACACCUACGACACCCGUCAGGAGUUUAACUUCGCGGCUGUGAGGAUAAAGGACCACGCCAGCAACAAGACAGGCCGCGAAUUGAUUGAAGCCUGGGCCUCAGAUGAAAACUCAGUCAAUCGAUUUAUCGAUUUGGCGCCGGCAUACAUAGCCCUGCACGUGCAUCUCCGGACUGACUGCACUGCUGGCCGAUUGGCCCCUGCCCCCUUUAACUGUUGCCUGUUUUUAGUUGACGCCUUUAUCUCUGACGAUGGACUCCACUAA